AUGCGGGUCACAACGCUCUCGCCCGCCGCGUUGCUGCUGACGCUGCUGCCAUUAACCGUCGCCGCCGGGCAACAGCAGCAGCAGCCGCUGCAGUCCCAACUUCGGCCCUCCUCCUCAUCCUCACAGCAUCAGCAGCAGCAGUAUCACCACCAACCACUCGACGCCGCCGCCACCGCCACCAGCACCAAGGACAGCACCCCGCCGCCGUACAGAGACGCGCUGCUCAGCCUGCACAAGUCGCUCGUCUCCAUCGAGUCCAUCACGGGCAACGAGAACGGCGUCGGCCGCUGGCUCGUCGACUACCUCGUCGCGCGUGGCUACACCGCCGAGCUGCAGUUUGUGGCGCCCGGGGGUGGUGAUGACGGCAACGAAAAGGAGCGCUUCAACAUCGUCGCCUGGCCGCCCGCGGAGGAGGGGAGUGAUCGCCAUGAGGAGGAGAGGGGGGAGAAGUUGGGAAAGCGUGCCGUUGUGCGCGCGGAUCCCAAGGUCGUCUUGACGAGUCACAUCGACGUCGUGCCGCCAUACAUUCCCUACUCCAUCUCCGACGAGGGCGACGCCAUCACCUCGCGCACCAUGAUCAAGGGCCGCGGCUCCGUCGACGCCAAGGCCUCUGUCGCGGCCAUGAUUACCGCCAUCGACGACCUCCUCGCCCGUCCUUCCACCUCUUCCUCUUCUACUUCGUCUUCCUCUGUUCGCAACGACGUCAUGCUCCUCUUCGUCGUCGACGAAGAGGUCGCCGGCGCCGGGAUGCGCGCCUUCUCCGACUCCCUCGCGCGCAUGCACCCGCCCCCGCGGCCCUUCUCCGCCGUCAUCUUCGGCGAGCCGACCGAGAACAAGCUCGCCUGCGGCCACAAGGGCGCCCUGUUCUGCGACAUCACCGCCCGCGGCGUCGCCGCCCACAGCGGGUACCCCUGGCUCGGCAAGUCGGCCAACGAGCUCGUCGUGCGCGCCCUCGCCCGCGUCCUCGACGCAGACCUCGGCAGCUCGGACCUGUUUGGCAACACGACCGUCAACGUCGGCCUCUUGCAGGGCGGCGUCGCGGGCAAUGUGAUUCCCGAGCGGGCGUUGGUCAAGAUUGGCGUGCGCGUCGCGGUUGGCCCGCAGGAGGGGGGCGCUAAGCACGUCGAGGAGAAGAUUCGGCGCAUCCUCGAUGACGUUGAUGACGAGGCCUUUGGGUUCACGUGCAGUCAGGGAUACGGUUCCGUCGAGUGCGACUGCGACGUGCCCGACUUUGACACCAUCACCGUCAACUACGGCACCGACGUGCCCAACUUGGCGGGCAACCACACGCGCUACCUCUACGGCCCCGGCGACAUCCUCGUCGCCCACGGCGCGCGCGAGAACCUGACGGUCGGCGUCCUCGAGGAGUCAGUCGAGGGGUACAAGAAGCUCAUCCUGCACGCGCUGGACCGCGCGCAAUGAGCCGUGUAAAGACGUACACUCCAAUUCUGUAGUCUAUCAUGUUGAAUUAACGUGGUAUCAUGGUUGAACGUUGCGUGUCGUCGCAUCAAGGUCAUAAAGUGCCGGGAGCCCCCGUGUCCGCCC